AUGAACACAGAAAUACAGGAACCCCUCGACACCUUUUAUGGCAAGGAACUUGGGUACACAUUGGAUAUUCCACUUUUCAACACAAGUGGUGAUGGAAAUAUCUCAAAAACACCAAAAGACCCGAUGACGCAGAUUUACGAAAUUGAUGUGAUGUCGUUAUGCGACCUCCAGAAGUUUCAAAUCAAUUGGGGUUUCUUGGAAAGUCAUCACAAUGACGUUCUUUCCGCGAUCAGAAGUGUUGAAGAGAAGAUGUAUCAAACCGUCCAAAAAGACUGUCUUUUUGAACCAUUCAUGUGGCAGCUUUUCUCUCAAAGACCAACUUUCGAGCAAUGUUACACCAAAUUUUUGGAAGUUUUUGGUGAAAGUUCUGUUGGUUACGUCGUUGAGCUUUGGAAGACUUUCAUUUAUCUCCACGUCUCGCAGUGA